AUGUCGAAAGAAACGUCACCAAGAGACAAAACAAUCGAUGGACCUCGGGCAAUGGAUCAGCCCGCGUCCGCCAUGGAUGCUGGAUCCGUGGAUACUCAUAAUACACCCGAUGCACAUCACAAAGAAGUUUUGAUUGCAGGGAAAGAAACUGUUAAUCUUCCUUCGAUAGACAAUGAUGAAGGAGAAGAAAAUGAAGAUAAUAAUCAAACUGAUCGAGAAGAAGGUCAACACGAAGCUCAUCCGACAAAAACUGAUAACGAAAAUGAAGAUAAGGAUACUGUGGAAAAACCUGAACCUGAGAGUCCACCGAGACUUCCAGAAAACUUCUAUUACAAUGCUGAAGAAAUUCAUGCUAAACCGAUAACAACGGACGAAAAAAAUUUCCCGCAAAAUACAUUAUCAAUGUACCGAUCAUUUGGUUACGAUUGCAAUAAACGUGGCAAUUUAUACGUCUUAGAUAAUAAAACGGUUAUGUUCGUUGCCGGCUGUAUUCUUGAACUGAUUGAUUUAUCAACUGGAGAACAUAAAUACAUUCGAACAGUUGGUGGUUAUAGUAUCGGUGCGUUAAUCGUUCAUUCGAGUCGACGGUAUUUUGCUGUUGGCGAAAAAGGUCAUUUGCCGAAUAUAGUUAUUUACGAAUAUCCAUCAUUGAAACCUUAUCGAAUUCUGAAAGGUGGAACACAACGUUCGUAUGCUUAUUUGGAUUUCAAUACUGAAGGUGAUUUGUUAGCAUCGUUGGGCUCGAGUCCAGAUUAUACAUUGACAAUUUGGGAUUGGCGCGAUGAGAAGAUUCUAUUACGAAGCAAAGCUUCUUCACAGGAAGUUUUCAAAGUUUCAUUUUCAAAAGAUCUGAAAGGUCAUUUAACAACAUGUGGCAUCGGUCACAUCAAAUUUUGGAAAAUGGCUCGUACAUUUACUGGUUUGAAACUUCAAGGUGAACUUGGUCGAUUCGGUCGAACAGAAAUUUCUGAUAUUGAAGGGUAUCGUGAAUUGCCCGAUGGAAAAGUGAUAUCUGGUUCAGAAUGGGGUAAUAUGCUACUCUGGGACGGUGGCUUAAUUCAAAUUCAAGUAUGUCGAAGCAAAGGCAAGCCAUGUCAUGCAGGUCCAAUUCAACAAGUACUUUUAAAUGAAAGUGAUGUAUAUACUGUUGGAGAAGAUGGAUAUAUCCGUGUUUGGGAUUUCGAAACAAUCGAUACUGCUGAAGCAACUGAUGAAGGAUCGAAAAUGGAAAUGGAUCCAUUGAAUGAAUUACGAGUGGGAACAGAUAGUAAAUUAAUGGGAAUUACUCCUGGAGUGGCCGAUGAUAUGAGUGUUUGGUUUGCUCAAGACGCGAAAGGAUAUAUUUGGAAAUUGGAUUUAACAUUCUCGAAAAAUAGUGUCGCUCCGGAAAUCAUUCUUUCGUUUAUGUCGGGCGCUGUUACUGGAUUGGAUGUUUCAUCUGCAUACAAUCUAUUUGCUUCUUCAGCUGGGAAUUCAAUUCGAAUCAAUCAUAUUGUUUCACAAGAUUUGCUAUCACAACGAAUCUUUUCUGCUGACGUAACAAGUUUAAAAUGGAUUCCUACUGUCUUCAAUGACAAAUCUGAUGGAAUCUUAGUUGGUUUUUCCAAUGGUAUCGUUCGGUAUUUGAAACUUCGCGCAGGAAGUAAACCAACCGGCAAUGAAAAGAAACAUGAAUAUGACUUAAAAAUGAUGCAAGUGAUCAAACCACAUACUAAACCUGUUACUUUCAUCACCUUAGAUGUGAAAAAUCAAUGGGUUGCUACUGGAAGUACCGAUGGUACCGUGUUCUUUUUCAAUUUUACACCGAAGGGUUUGAAUCCGAUUGGUUUUGUUAAUGUUAAAGAAGAAAUAACGUUUAUGACAUGGACACCUGCAUUAUAUGAUAAAACGCGUCUUCUCGUUUGCUUGAAAAAUGGAAUUGUUUAUGAAUUUGAAGGGCCGGGUAGUAUGAAAUUUGACACGGCAACAUCAUACCUGAUCGAAUCGCAAUUACCCGUGCGAAUAUUUCGUUUUCGUAGCAUUAAAUCUCGAUUACGCCAUGAAGAAGAGCUUGAACGUAAACGAAAAGAAGAAGAAGAACGACAGAGAAAAUUGGAAGAAGAAAGACGUUUACGUGGUAUUGAGAAGAAGGAAAAGGAAGGAGAAAAAACUGAUAAAGCAGCUGAACCCGAAGAAGAAGAACAACCACAAGAAGAUGAUUGGAAACCAUACAUACCAGAAAAGCCAAGUGCUGCCCUAUUUGCUGUCUAUACAUCACCAGAUACGUUCUGGUUAUCGAUGGAUGAUUAUGAUGCUGGAUAUUUAUACCAUUGCCAAUUUGGAAACAAAGAUGAUCGUUUUCAAUACAAUCCAGAUCGACAAGAUGCUAUCACUGGCAGUUUACCUGUACCAAAUACAGAUCCGGCACACGGUGAAGAUAUUCCGUUGACGAGUGUUCUUAUCAAAGAAAAACUCAAUUUGAUAUUCGUCGGUUUGAAAAAUGGUUUCAUACGUGUUUAUCCAUAUGGCGGAAAACAAAUCUUUCGAUCUCUAGAAGAAUACUGGACACGAGGUGCACAUGAUAGUGAAUACGGAAUUGUCACUCAUUUAGCUAUUUCCUAUGAUGAUCGAUUUGCUCUCUCUGGUGGUGCUGAUGGUAAUAUUUUUGGUUAUGUUAUCAAAAGUGAUACCGAUACCGUCAAUGGGCAUUCGGAAGUACCGAAAAUGCCAGCAUUUACAGGUGAAGUCGAAGCGGUGGAUAUAACUGAAGAUAAGCACUAUUCAAUCGAAGAAGAAAAACAAAAGGCUGAAGAAACUAAAAUGAAAGAUUCAGCUGAAGGUUUGAAGAAAGAAAUGAGACAACAAAUCGAAGCUCUUCGAGGAAAAUUUCGAAGAUUACUAAAUAUAAAUGAUCAAUUACCUGCUGAUCUAAAAAUUCCUCGUCAAAAUUUCAUACUUGAUGAAAACAUUCGCCAAAAUUUCGAAGCUGAACUUCAAGAGAGAGAAAAUACUUCGAUCAAAGAAUUAGCCUGGGAAUCUGAACGCUGCUCAAUUGCACUGAGAAAGCUAGAACAAUGGUUUGUUGAUCCUGUCGCACAAGAGGUUGUUUCUGUGAAAAGCUUCGACAGUAAAUGGGAAGUCAGUACAUUUCGUACAAUCGAAUUACCAAGUGAUUUCAAAGCCAUGCAGGAAGAAAUCGAACGACAAAAAGCUGCGUUGCUUGGAAAAACAAAACGAAAGGAAACGAUUGACGUUUCUGAUGAUCGAGGUGGUGACUACCGAGGAGCCCAAACAGCGGAUUCGAAAAUAUCUGCAACAAAACUAAAAGGCGCAAAAGCAAUGCGCGUUGAGCGUCUGUUACGCAAAAUGGAAGAACGUGCUCGUCGAAGACAGAAGCGUAAAGAAGAGUGGGCAGCACUCUAUAGUAAGAAAAAACCGGAGGGUUAUGAUGAUCCAGCUGAAGUUGAAAGCAUUCGUUUUGCACGAGAAAAUAUGGGCAAUUAUUUUCUGAAAACAGCACCGGAUUAUGUUGUACCGACUGAUCAACGAUUAACAGUCCUUCGAGCUGUUGAACGAAUUACCAAUAUCAGACUUGCAACGUAUACAUACAAAAUGGAAUUUAACAAACGUGUUUUGGAUCUGAUUGAACGCAAACGUACUCUCACCCAAGAAAUCAAUGCUGAUCUUCAAUAUUUAAAUACUCUUGGUAAAAGUCAAACACAGCAUAGCGAAUUAUUCAACAUUCCUCUUCUACCAUUGAACGAGAAUGGUCAAGCAAAUCGUUUCGAAUUCACUCGUGAAGAAAUUCAAGCAUUCCGCGACGAACAUGAUCACCGUAAUGGUGAUUUAACACGGCCUGACGAUGAAUCUUCAACUUCAACAUCAAAACCAUCGUCUUUAAAACGUCCACUUAACCUUCAUUGGUCGGUUAAUUUAAAAGAAAAAUUACCAGAAUAUCUUCCCAAUAAGAUAUUCUCUGAUCAUACGCCAGUCGAAGUUUUACAUGAAGUAAAAGAUUCCAGUUCAUUUACACAUCGAAUAUAUUUCGAACGCGAUCAAAUUUUGAAGAACAUCCAUGAGAAAAUGUGUACUUUCGACAAAGAUGUUUCGCUGUUGUAUUAUUUGAAAAUCAUCAAAACGCUACGAGCAAAAGAAACAGAUCUCCGUUGUAUCACAUUCUACGAAGAACUGAUGUUAACAAAAGAAUUUGAACGAACAGAAAACGAGCUGGAGAACAAAGUGACCGAAGCACAAAAACGAUUUGAUGCCGAACAAGCCAAAAUGCAAGAAUUUCAAGCGAAAGUUGACGCUAAGAAGAAAGAUAACGAUAUGCUGGAUGAUCGAAUGAAACAACUGUAUGGAACGUUCGAUGAGAUAAUACCAAAAGAGCAUAAAUUCUAUAAUUAUCUUUUACGAGUUUUGAAUAAAAAGGUCAAACGAAAGAAGCGUGUCGAAGGCGAAGAAGAUGAUGCCGAUGAUAUGUCUCAAGAUCUUGACGAUGAUGACGAUUGGGAAUUAGAAGACGAUGACGAUGAAGAUCUAGCAAAUGAAGAUCCAACUCGACAACUUGAUGUGGAUAUCUGUCCACCUAAUCUUGAUCAAAAAUUGUAUGAUGAAGUGGUCGCUUUACGAGAAAAACGACUUGACCUUGAAGAGAUAAUAGCAGAUGAGAAGACUGCUCUUCAAUCAUUACAACAAACGUUUGGUCAAACACAAAUUUAUCUUAAUAAGAUCGAUGCUGAAUUGAAAACCAAACAGAAUGAUCUUCUUGAUUUUCAAAGAAAAAAACAACAAAAAAUCAACGAUAUCAACGUUGCCAUUGGUCUUCGCUGUCAUCAAAUUCGUUAUGAUCGGUCAACUCAUUUACCAGAUGACCUAUCGGAUUGUUUGAUAUUCAACAAAAAGAGUAAAGCAGGUUUACAAAGCCGUAUUGUCGACGUGAUAACCGAAAUCAAGGGAGAAAAAGAUCGAUAUAUCAACAAGAAACAAGCACGAAAAGAUUUAGCACAUGAAUUGAAGAAUGCCGAUCAAAUCAUCAAACGUUUAACCGAUGAAUGUAAUAAAUUAAUGGUUGAAAAAUUCGGCAAACUAGUUGAAUUAGAAAGAAUCGAAGGCGCAAUUGUUAACUUACAAAUCGAAGAACUCAAACAAAGACUUGAUGAUGCCGGAGAUGAAUAUUACAAUACAAUGGCCCAAUAUGAGCUGCGUAAAAUCGAGGAAAACGAAGAUACGAUUGAUUUAUUGAAAACCAAUACAAAACGUCUUGAUGAGUUAACUGAACUUGUCGAUGAUAAACGUCAACUCGACGAACAACUAAUGAAACGGAAAUCCAAAUCUGCGGAUGAGUUUGCUGGUCAAUCGAAACAGAGUGCCGAAGAGUUUGAUCGUCUAUGUACUCUUGUUCAAUUACAAGCACAAGAAAUUGAAGCAUUGAAAGCUGAAAUUAGUAUUCUCUCGCGUAAAGGUGGACAUAUUUUACCUCCGAAUCCUGCGAUACUUCCUCAAAAUGCAAGAUAG